AAACUUCCGCACGCCCCAAAACGUUUCUUCGGAUCUCAAGCAAACCGCCACGGUCUCCUCUCCUCCUUCCUUCCUUCCUUCCCCGUUAUAUUCCCGUUGCUCUCCUUUACAAAUCCCCCAUUCCCAAUUUCUAGGGUUUCAUUGAUUUUCCCUUCUGAAGAAUUUCAAUGGGGAGCAGCGAAGAGAGAAUCGUUGCUGUCAUCAUGGUCGGCGGACCAACUAAAGGGACUCGAUUUAGGCCGCUGUCCUUGAACACUCCGAAGCCUCUGAUUCCGUUGGCUGGGAUGCCGAUGGUUCAUCACCCACUUUCUGCUUGCCGAAGUAUCCCCAAUUUAGCUCAGAUUUAUCUGAUUGGGUUUUACGAGGAUCGUGAGUUCGCAAUGUAUGUGUCUUCGAUUUCCCAUGAGCUCAGAGUACCUGUUAGAUACCUGAAAGAAGAGAAGCCGCACGGAUCGGCUGGAGGGCUCUACAGCUUUAGGGAUUAUAUCAUGGAAGACAAUCCGUCUCAUAUAUUUCUGCUGAAUUGUGAUGUUUGCUGUAGUUUCCCAUUGCCAGAGAUGCUUGAGGCCCAUAAAACUUAUGGUGGAAUGGGAACAAUGUUGGUAAUUAAGGUUUCUGCUGAAUUAGCAAGUCAGUUUGGCGAGUUGGUGGCUGAUCCUGUUACAAAAGAAUUGUUGCAUUACACAGAAAAGCCUGAAACUUUUGUAAGUGAUCUCAUAAACUGUGGGGUGUAUAUAUUUACACCUGAUAUCUUUACGGCCAUCCAGGAUGCUUUCAUACAGAGGAAAGAUAGAGCAAACUUGCGAAGAAUGACUAGCUUUGAAGCCCUUCAGUCGGCAACAAAGGCUCUUCCUGCAGAUUAUGUUAGGCUCGAUCAGGACAUCUUGUCACCUCUUGCAGGGAAGAAAGAGCUUUACACAUAUGAGACUCGUGAUUUCUGGGAGCAGAUUAAAACCCCUGGGAUGUCACUGAAGUGUUCUGAAUUGUAUCUCUCACAAUAUCGUCAUACAUCUCCUCAUCUUCUAGCGAGGAGUAAUGGCACAAAAGGUGCCACCAUUAUUGGUGAUGUUUACAUUCAUCCAUCAGCAAAAGUGCAUCCAAGCGCAAAGAUUGGCCCUAAUGUCUCGAUUUCUGCAAAUGCUCGUAUAGGAGCUGGUGUUAGACUCAUCAGUUGCAUUAUUCUUGAUGAUGUUGAAAUUAAGGAAAAUGCAGAGGUCAUUCAUUCUAUAGUAGGGUGGAAGUCUUCAAUCGGAAAAUGGUCACGUGUUCAGGGUGAAGGGGACUAUAACGCCAAGCUUGGGAUUACUAUUUUAGGAGAAGCUGUCGGUGUAGAAGAUGAAGUGGUGGUGAUCAACAGCAUCGUCCUCCCUAAUAAAACCCUAAAUGUCAGUGUACAGGAGGAAAUAAUCCUAUAAAAGUCUGCAAUUAGUCCCCAAUAAGGCCUACCCAUAUUUUGGAUGGAGACCCAUUUUUUCUGUAUGUGGUAUUGUGCUUUUUUUUUUUGAAGUUAUGAACUGCUUUUUGCUAUGUAAGUUGUAUUUAUUAUUAGUUCAAUACAAGACUGUAAAUUAUACGCUUAACUUUAGUUUCGAGUUCUGAUGAGAUUGCUGCAGUGA